CUAAGAAAUAUGCACCGAGAAGCAUAUGCAACGAUUCUACAUUCAGCUCAUGUUUAUGUUUGUGGAGCCAUUGCUGCUGCCCAGAGCAUCCGCAUGUCUGGCUCCACAAGAGACCUUGUCAUACUUGUGGAUGAAACGAUCAGUGCCUAUCACAGAAGUGGACUUGAAGCUGCAGGUUGGAAGAUCAAGACAAUCCAGAGGAUCAGGAACCCAAAAGCUGAGAAAGAUGCCUAUAACGAAUGGAAUUACAGCAAGUUCCGGUUAUGGCAGUUAACAGAUUAUGACAAGAUCAUUUUCAUCGAUGCUGAUUUGCUCAUACUCAGAAACAUUGAUUUCUUAUUUGGGAUGCCAGAAAUUUCUGCAACGGGGAACAAUGGCACACUCUUUAACUCCGGUGUCAUGGUUGUUGAGCCUUCAAACUGCACUUUCCAGCUUUUGAUGGAUCACAUCAAUGAGAUUGAGUCGUAUAAUGGGGGGGGGGACCAAGGAUACUUGAAUGAGAUUUUCACAUGGUGGCAUAGGAUUCCAAAACACAUGAAUUUCUUGAAGCAUUUCUGGGUUGGUGACGAGGAAGAAGUUAAGGAGAUGAAAACUAAACUCUUUGGCUCCGAGCCUCCAAUUCUCUAUGUCCUUCACUAUCUGGGAGUGAAGCCAUGGCUGUGCUUCCGUGAUUAUGAUUGUAAUUGGAAUGUUGAUAUAUUCCAAGAAUUUGCAAGUGACGUUGCACAUGAAAGGUGGUGGAAAGUACAUGAUGCAAUGCCUGUGCUAUUGCAGCAGUUCUACCUCUUGAGAUCAAAGCAAAAGGCGCAGCUAGAAUGGGACCGUAUGCAAGCCGAGAAAGCAAACUACACAGACGGGCAUUGGAACAUUAAAGUUAGAGAUCGACGUAUAAAGAAAUGCAUAGACAAUAUCUGCUCCUGGAAGAACAUGUUGAAGCACUGGGGUGAGACAAAUUGGACAGAUGACGAGUCUUUUACUCCAACACCACCUGCAAUUUCUACUGCAUCUCUCCCUGUCGUGUGAAUCCUGGGCUCUCUUUUGGCCCGGAAACUUGUUCCUUCAGUUUCUAUUUCCUCACUGUUUUCAUGCCUUCUCUUUGUAGGUGACAUAGUUUCCAAGAAGGGGUUCAUUUUUUCCCCACCUUUUAAA